CAUUGUAUGAUGCAACGAAUUGGUUGAAAACGUCACCGGUUUGUGCCUGCUUCUCAUCUUCAACAAUUAAUGGUAGCUUCUGAAAAAAAUUAAAGUAAAUAUUUACUGUUUCGUCGCCCACGCCAUCACAGGGAGUACAAUCUUUUAGUUAACUUGCUUGUCGCUUCAUAUUUUGUGUGCAAACUUAACAGAUCUAAAUCUAUUAUUUAAUUAUUAGAUCGGUAUUGGAAUCUAUGAUCCAUGUCGUUGUCUGCUGCUGCUGCUAAAGCAAAGAAGAUCCCGCCCAUGCCAGAUAAAUUUGUCAGAAAUGACAAAGUAAUGGGGCUUAUCGAGUGUAAUUUCUACGAAUAUCUCAACGAGCUACAGUCGGCCAUGGUCAUGUUCUACAAUCCGUCUUGCCCGGCCUGCCAGAGGAACCGACCUCACUACAUCAAGGCCGCCAAGAACAUGAGGCGCGACGGGCACGCCUACGCCGCCGUGGACUGCACGCAGGAAGUGGAGCUGUGCAAAAGAGAGGGCGUCACCAGGCUGCCCACCUUCCAGCUGUACACGAAGGGGACCUACGUUAGCCACCGCGACUUCCCUCUGGACUACAUCCGCAUUGGGGAUUUCCUGGAAGCCGGCGCCACGCUGAAGGAAAAGAUCAUCCAGAAAGAUCAGGUGGAUCCGCCUUGCCCUGAAAAGAAGAAAUAGAAGUUCUAGCCAGUCCGCAUUUCUCCAGCAACUGAUAAGCACACUCCUUAGAAGUUCCCUGGCAAACAAUCACCCCACAGACUGUUUAUGGAAUCACAAGUUGAAGACGCAGAGUGAACAAACAUUUUGGUUUCUACAGGUCUCCUAGAGAAAUGUUGAAUCAUCACCCCCUUCAUAAACAUUUGUUUUCAGUGUUUGAUAAAAUAUACAGAACUUGGCUUCAUGAUAGGACUAAAUAUCUUCUUGUAGCAAGGGAAGCAACUCAACAUUUCUUCAUUGUCUAAGCAAGGGCAGAUAACUUUAUGCAAGAGCAAUUCCAAUUUUUGGUCUGAGUUUAGAGAAAUAGUUUUGAUUUAGAAUGUUUCAAUGUGCUCCCCUUGUGCCUCAGAUAGCAGUUUAAUAAAGCUACACCUUUGACUAGAAAA